AUGCUCCUAAUCUUCAUUAUUCUUACUAUACUACAAAUCUGUGAAGCUGAAACUGACUAUCCAUUGAGCACAAAGGUCAUUUCGCCAUUUCAACCAGUUGAGCAGCAUUUCCAUCGAUUGUGAGUUUUUUUUUAUCUUUUUCUCUUUUUUUUGUUUUUCAAAAUAGGUUUUUGAUUCUAGCAUACCUGGUGGCGAAGAACGUGGCUUCUAUUCUAUGAGAACUUCUCCACAAGGUAACACUUGGACGACAACCGUCAUCAGGUAAACGCACUGAAAUUCAAAAAUUAAAAAUGACAGCCCUUCAGAAAACAAAACUUCGGUUCAGAAGACACGAGUGACCCAUUUACGGUGGGAAAAUCAUCAAAAAUUUUAUUUAUAAUCAAUAUUUUCAGUCGUUCAACGAAAAAGAGUACGAGGUAAGAAUGGCAAAAACAUUGCUGGAGGUAUGGGGAAUCGAACCCCAGACUUCUCGCAUGCAAAGCGAGCGCUCUACCCCUGAGCUAUACCCCCGACGGCUAGCAAUGACGCAAAGCGCGUAGAGGUCUCUUCUCGUCGCGACGGCAUUUGGGAUCACCAAACUUGAAAUUUUGUGAAACUGCUUUUAAAAUGAGGAAAAAGGCGUUGAAAAUCGGAAAAUUCUGAUCUGAUUAACAAAAUGUUCAGGAGUAUAAAAAAGCACAAGAAUUGUUCAAAAAGCAGCAAAAUAUGGCGAUGGAAGCUCAUCAAAACGCCUUGAGGAAUCACGCCAAGAUUAUGAAAAACGCUCUGAACAUCCAGGUAUUCUUACUUUGAAAAAAUUAAAAAAAGUUAUAUGAAAAUUAAAUUUCAGAAAGCGGCGCUUGGAAAUAAAUUUGUUCACGAAUUACCGGAAUCAGGGGAAAUCUAUGAAAAUAAAGGUUCGUUGUUUUUUUCCCCUUAUGAACUCAGAAAAAAAGGAAGGAAUCUAUUUCUUUCAAAGAAGGAAAAAAAUUCAUCUUUUUAAAAAGAAAAAAAGCUUUUUCAGGUCCAGAAAAAGCCGACAGCCUCACUAAAGCAGUAAUUCAAAAAUUUUUUUGAUUUGUAAAUUUUUUUCAAUUAAUAAAAAAACUAUUAUCGGCCAUUUCCAACAUCAAAAAUAAUAAACGAGAGCUCAAAUUUCUUUGAAAAGGCAAAAAUGUGCUUGCUCCCGGUGAGGAUCGAACUCACGACCUUCAGAUUAUGAGACUGACGCGCUGCCUACUGCGCUACGGAAGCCACGAGCGCCGGGAAACGUGA